AUGGACGUGCAUGCCCCCAACGUGAUCAUAAACCCAGAGAAGUUUGAGUUGGUGCUGCACGCCAACGAGGACUGCACCUUCGAGCUGACAAACGUCGGAUAUGAGGCGAUCAUCUACCGCGUUCGCACCACAGCGCCGCUGCGGUACUACCUGAAGCACUCGAAAGGGGUCGUGAAGGGUAACUCCUCGGCGAAGAUCACCAUAUUUCUAAACCAAAAGACCUUUGCGGAGGGGCUCCCAGUCGGCGCUCGGUACACGAAGGACACCUUCCGCGUGGAGUGCGCCGUGCUGGGGGAACGAGAUGUCAUCGAGGCGCACGGGGCCAAUCUGGCGAGCUUGAUUCAGAAAAAGAAAGACGGUAAUGCCGCAUCGGUAGUGCAGAAGUACAUCUCCUGCCGCGUGCUACUGGGCGGUGAUAGCAAGGACCUGGCCACCGCGCCGGCAGCCGGUAAGGCUAGGGCGGCCGGCAGCGGUGGCGCGGCGGCCAGUGGCGAUGCGGCUGGCCGUGGCGGUGGCGCCGCCGGUGCGGACAACGGCUCGUCUAGCCGGCGGAGCAUGACGGUCGAGCAGAUGGAGCAAAAUACGCUCAAUGAGAAGCGCCGCCGGAGCAACAGCAGCGGCAGCUGGGUGGCCGUGCGCGGCAACCAGACAACGUUCAUUCGCAUAGUGGUCGCGGCGGUCGCUGUGCUCUUGCUCGCAAUGUGGAUGAUGCGCGGCGGCGUCGAGGAUGAUAUGGAGGAAGUUAUGGAGUAG